CUGUCACAGCGCGGCGCUGACUCUGUGACGGCCAGAACAGGCGGCUGUCUGGGGCGGUUCUUGUUUCGCUGAUAUGCUUUGGGGAACGCGUGUGUUUUAUCUUGUGGAGGAGCGCGGUUUGGAAUCUGUGCGUUAUGAUGGGUAUAGGAUUGCAUGUUUUGGAGAGGAUGCCCGUUGGAGAAGGUGGCUCCAGCCUCAACCUCUUUUUCUUUCUCAGGUCAUGUAGAAGAGCAGAUUUAAUGUGAAGAUGGGACUCUUGGUGUUUAUGCGUAACCUGCUGCUAGCUCUCUGCCUCUUUCUGGUACUGGGAUUUCUGUACUAUUCUGCUUGGAAGUUGCACCUUCUCAGAUGGGAGGAUUCAAAUUCAGUGGUUCUUUCCUUUGACUCCGUUGGACAUACAAUAGGCUCAGGAAGGAGAGAGAGAAAAACUGUGGCUAUUGUGCUUCCGCUGUCCAUCCCAUCUCACCUUGCUGCAGACCCAGGAAAAGACAGAGCCCAGAAAGAACCCACAGAAACCAUGGCAGCUCCAGGCCCAGCCAUUCCCAAAUAUGACAAACUGGGCUUUCUCCUGAACCUGGACUCAAAAUUGCCUCCAGAACUGGCAUCAAAGUAUGCCAAUUUCUCUGAGGGAAUGUGCAAGCCAGGCUAUGCAUCAGCGCUCAUGACUGUCAUCUUCCCAAAGUUCUCUAAGCCGGCACCAAUGUUCUUGGACGAUUCCUUCAGGAAGUGGGCACGUAUCAGGGACUUUGUACCCCCCUUUGGAAUUAAAGGACAAGAUAAUCUGAUCAAAGCCAUCCUGUCAGCAACCAAAGAUUAUCGUCUAACUCCAGCUCUUGACAGUCUCAGCUGCCGGCGAUGUAUUAUUGUGGGAAAUGGUGGAGUACUUGCAAAUAAGUCAUUGGGGUUAAAAAUUGAUGACUAUGAUGUUGUUGUCAGGCUGAACUCGGCUCCAGUGAAGGGCUUUGAAAAAGAUGUGGGUGGCAAGACAACACUGCGGAUCACAUAUCCUGAAGGUGCAAUCCAGAAAAUGGAGCAGUAUGAGAAGGAUUCCCUGUUUGUUCUGGCAGGAUUCAAAUGGCAGGAUUUCAAGUGGCUGAAAUACAUUGUUUACAAGGAGAAAGUGAGUGCCUCUGAUGGCUUUUGGAAGUCAGUGGCAACCCGUGUCCCAAGGGAACCUCAUGAGAUACGUAUCCUGAAUCCCUACUUCAUCCAGGAGGCAGCUUUCAGCUUCAUCGGACUGCCUUUCAACAACGGCCUGAUGGGCAGAGGGAACAUCCCCACCUUGGGAAGCGUAGCAAUAACCAUGGCGCUGCACAACUGUGAUGAGGUGGCGGUAGCUGGCUUCGGCUACGACAUGAGUUCACCCAAUGCACCCCUGCACUACUAUGAGAACAUCAAGAUGUCUGCCAUCAAAGAGUCUUGGACGCACAACAUCCAGCGGGAGAAGGAAUUUCUGAGAAAGCUGGUGAAAGCCCGAGUCAUCACUGACCUAACCAGUGGGAUUUGAGUGGCUGCAGCCACUACAUCCAAGGGAGGAGACGAAGACAUGCUGCAGCUCUGGGAGCAGGCACUGGCAGCCCCCUGCAAGAAUCCCACCUCACUGAAGACACACAGAGAUGCCCAGGUGCUCUGGGAAGACCCUCUUGCAUUGCCAGUCUGCACGAGGGUUACAUCUCCCACCUCUAGGCCUAGAGCUGGCAGGAGGUGGGCAAGGGGCUGAGUGGACAGUUCUUGAACUCUGCAUCGCAGACAGAUCUUCUACAUCCUGAAUUAGACAGGAAAGACUCAGGAGAGAGAAGAAAGGUUUGUGAAUAAAAUGAUUAGUGCCAAAUGGGAGGUGAUGCUGCCCCAAGGCAGCAAAGCCUGAAUGUACAAAGUAUUAUUUUUUAAAAGACUCUGCUGGAACCAUACUAGAAAUACCAAGGUACAAGGCAAAGUCUGCUUGCGCACAGCCCUGUGAAAAACCUGGCCUCUUCAUGCUCCAUCUGCAUUGUCACCAGCCUCUGACCUUUCCCCAGGAAAACAAAUCCAUCCAAAACUUCAGUGUCAUUGGUGCUGCUACAAUUUGAAGGGAGAAUAAUGGCUUCCUCUCAUUCUCCACUUGGAGCUUCUGGAUGGAGAUGAACAUGGGUUUGUUUUUCUGCAUUUUUCCUCAUAUCCUCCACAGAGGCAGCAACAGCAGCCACUGACUUGGCUGUGUUUUCCAUAGCCAUUUGCUCUGCCUCUGCCCUGAACCCGAGGUGGAGCAGGGAGCUGGUAGCUUUCUCCACCUACAGCAGACCCUCCCCACCUUCCUGCCUGUCACGAUGCAGAGGAGCCUGCUCCAUUGUGCUCAAGGUUUCCAGGCCUCUUGGUUUGUGCCUGCUGUGCAGGGCCCCUAAAGAGUCCGUGCAGACUUGUGUCACUGUUUCUGGACAGCAUCUCGCUUUGGUUUUGUGUGGGAGGGGAGUAAUUUAUUCUUUGGAAGGAGGUCAGAUCUUGAGCAGAGAUCUCAAGCUUUACAGUUUGAGAACAGACUGCUGAAGAUGUUUGUUUGACGUUCCAGACUCAAUCAUGUUCCCUAUUUAAGCGACGUGUGACCUCAAUGAUAAUGAAACCUGAUGGGAACUCUCACCCUCUGCUUGGCCCCUGCUCACUCCAUUUCCAAGCUCCUCCCAUGCUGCUCUAGCACUGCUGCUCCUCCUGCUCUCAGGAGCACGUCCUUCCUUUGCCCACUUGGUCUCAAGAUGCACUAUUUGCACAUUUGAUUUGUAUACGUGUUUCAGAGGAGCUGGAAUAAACUGAUCAACGUGGCCAAGUGCAAGGGCAGCAGGGUGGUCUCAUCCACCUGAAGAGCAUGGGCAGAAGGGAGGUUGCUAAGGGAAUGAGCAAUUACAUGUGGAAAGUGGCUCCUGUGCUCUCCUAGCCUGGAGCAGGCUGGAGUGCACCCACAGGCACUGUCCCAGUACCUGGGUGUCAAGGUACUGGUACACAGCCAGCCGGUGCUGGGGUCAGUGGAGGGGGAUCCCAGAGGGGUAUGGGUUGGGCUCAGGGUCCUGGCACUGUGUCUGACACAGCCCAAGGAUUGCAGUCUGCCUUGCUCUGGACUGAAGGGAGCAUGACCCUGGCAUGUGCAAGGAAUGCUCAGAGCAGGGCUCAUAUGGCUCCCCUAGACCAACUCUGCACCUGCUGACUUGCAGUGACCCAGGCGUGGGGCAGACGAGCAAACUGUACAGAAUGGUUUGAGAUCAGGCUGCAGGCAGAGGCAGCUCCCAGGAUGUGGCACUGACUGCUGCUUACAGACCAAUGUGGGAUGCCUCCCUCAGGAGCCUCUCCGGCCUGCUAUGCCUGUAGCCAAGGAGCUUGCUCAGGGACAAGUCCUGCCCAGCUUCUUGUUGUGGCUGCUGUUUCCCUUGUCAUCUGGGAGCAGCUCAAAGAUCCUGCUGCUUCUGGGCUGCAGAAGGCAUGCUGGAAGGCUCUCCUUCCCUCUACCCUUCCCAUAUCCCAUCCCCACUGCUCUGGCCUCCCAGCCAGGCAGUUCCUGUUCCCCCAGGGACAUGCCUCCUUUCAGGAUGCUCUGUGAGGUUUGCAGCAGGUUUUUGAGCAUAUGCUGUGGCAGAUACUCCUUUUAAGUAUCUCCCAGUUUGUUUUUCCUUCUUAAGGACUCCCUGGGACUGAAUUUCCAUGGCUCUCACCAGGCAACUCUCCCUUUGCAGUUCCUGGGUGUCAGCCUGGACUUGUGACCAUCUUCUGCUGAGUCCCAGCCAUGCUGGCAGUGGGAAUGCUUGGUCUGGACCUGGCUGAGGUUAUGGCUGGGGAAGGGUUGACACCCACUCUCUCUCUCUGUCUUGGUGCUUUAACCAGCUGCCAUGACAGCCCUAGGGCUGUAUCCAUGGGCUGCAGUGAGCCGAGAUGGCAGAGCGGGCAGCUGCAUCCCGAAGGAGGAGGGAAGAGCCUUUGGUGUCCCUGCUGGGACCCCCACAGAGGAUUAUUCAAUUGGUUUAUUGAACACUACAAAGCUCCAGGACACUUUUAUCUUCCAACUCACUGGCUCCAGGUCCAAGGACACAGCAUGGCCACUGCUCAGCCUUCCCUGUCAUCCCAGCUCUCCACCACAGCCAUGAACAGGUCCUGAUGGGAAGUUGCUCCUACAGACCAGGGAGGUGACUCCAAGCCCUCCCCUCUACAGGGGUCUCCAGGCAGAAGAGUCCAAGUUGAAUAGAUGAGUGCAUGGCCCAGAGUGACUGCGGUGGGUCAGGACCACUGGCAUGUAGAAGGAAAGAGCGUUUGGGGACCAAGACUCUCCUCUAGCUCACUGACACCACAGAGCAGCCCAUGGCCAGGUGAUGGGGCCCCAGCUCCAGGAGCAGUGCACAGCACUGGGUUCUGCUCUUGGGUGUCAUUCUUUUGGCUGCCUCCACACGUGCACCUGCAGCCACCUCCCGCCUUGAAUCGCUGCAGUCCUGGCAGCUCGGAGCGGUGCACGCGGGUCAGAGCAGGGUCAGUGGGACGGAUGUGAGUCUUGGCCUCUCCCUCGCAGUGACUCACCUUGUCAGAUUGGAAGGGAGAGCCCAGGGGAAUUCUCCACAGCCUAAAUAUAGAGCAGGGUUGCCUGGUGCCUCUGAUGCGCUUUGGUGCAGAAAGGCCACUCAGGUGGCAGGGAACCUGCCUAGAGACAGCCCAGGGAAACACAGGGAGAUCAGGGGCCAGUGACCACAGUGGGUUUUGCUCCAGCUAGUGCAGAGAGCAGGUCUGGGGAGCUGCAGGGCAGCCUGCAUGUGCUGCUCUGGAGGACAGGAGGUGCUGGAGAGCUGCUGCUGCUGUGCUGACCACACCAUGAGCUGCUUGUGCAUUUGUGUCAGUGCCCACCACACUGGCAUUGGGCUCCCGCCACCAUCUCACCCUGUUAGGCCUGGCCGUGCUGUGGCCUUGAGCUCACACGUGCCAAAGGUAAGCACCAUGGCCAGGUAGCAUGAGGCAGCAGUGGGAUCCAGCCCAGCAUUCUUCAUCCCAUCCUCUCUGGGCUUCCAGUGUCUCCUUCCUUGGAGGGAGAAGUGGAGAGGCCCUGCCUGGCCAUGCUGUGUGAGCGCUGCUGGGAGCAGGGGAAGGUGUCAGGACAGGGCCAUCUGUGUCAAAUGGAUGCAGCUGGGCUGGGUAUGGGCAGAACUGGACACAGGCAAGGGCUUCCCAAGCGUUUGGCAGGGAGGCAGCCACCACGCCAAGCUCCAUGGGCACCAGUGUGGCGUGUGCUCUGGGUCAGAGCGUGUGUCACUUGCAGUAUUAGAGAUGUGUCCUUCAGUGCAGGAGCCCCUUUGGGGCCACAGCCCAGCCCCUCUGGGCUCUGGCUCCUUGCACAGCCUGCACAGGGUCUUGAAAAGGCCAGUGCAUUUGCCGGUACUGUACCAAGCCAAGAUGCAAGAACUCAAUGAGUUUUUAAAAUUAGUUUUAGUUUCUGCAUUUUUUUUAAUUUUCCCUCUAGGCAGGGAGGGUAAGAGUCUUGCAGGCUCCUCCAAGCCGGCUUAUGUCACAUCAAUUCAGUCAUAUCACGGAAGCAAUAAAGCUAUCAAACAA